AUGUCGUACCUCGCUUACAUUGUCAUCGGCGCCUUCCUUUUGUCUUUUCUAGGUACGGUUAGUUUACCUAGGGGUAUCGUUUGUUACUCCAGGUCGUAUUUUUCUUUUCAGCUUUAUUUAAUGUGGUUCUGGAUAAACCAACAGGAAUUUUGGAUCAAACGAAAGAGUAAGGCUGUGGGACGAGGAAAUAUAAUAAUUUGCAGUGAGAUUGAUGCUCUGAGGAGUGAAGUAUCGGAACUAAGAAGUCAUCUGAGUCGAUUGAAACACAGUAUACGUUAUAGUCCAAUAAUUGAAAAGUGGGUUCCUAGAAUGUAGUGAUCACAAAGUUCCCCGUAGCUUGUAACAUCGCGUACUUUAGACCGAAAAAUUCGUACCCCAAGGUCAAAGCGAGGAAUGAAGAAACCCGAAAGAGAAUUCUGGUUACUGGAGGGACAGGAUUCGUGGGAUCACAUCUGGUGGACAAGUUGAUGAUGGAUGGCCACGAAGUCAUUGCUCUCGACAAUUAUUUCACCGGAAGGAGAAGGAAUGUUGAGCAAUGGAUCGGUCAUCCAAACUUUGACCUCGUCCACCACGAUGUUGUGAAUCCUUAUUUCACGGAGGGUAAAUGACGCACAAUAUAUGAUUAAUUACUUUAGUGGACCAAAUAUACCAUCUCGCUUCUCCUGCCUCCCCUCCCCAUUACAUGUAUAACCCAGUGAAGACGAUUAAAACGAACGCCGUAGGAACAAUAAACAUGUUAGGAUUAGCCAGGUAAAUUAUCACUAGGAAAAAAAUAUUUGUAGACGAGUCAAGGCCAGAAUUCUUUUGGCUUCUACAUCCGAAGUAUACGGAGAUCCAGAAGUUCAUCCACAACCUGAAAGUUAUUGGGGUCACGUGAAUCCCAUCGGGCCCAGGUCCUGUUACGAUGAAGGAAAGAGAGUGGCAGAGAGUUUGAUGGUGGCCUAUCAGAAACAGGUGAGAAAGAUGGCAUUACAUUGGGAAGACUACUGACUGAUUACUGUAACUUGUAUGUAGGAGAAUGUAACCAUCAGGAUCGCUCGCAUCUUCAACACUUUCGGUCCCCGGAUGCAUAUGAAUGAUGGCCGAGUUGUCAGUAACUUCAUUAUACAAGCCCUCCAGGGAAAACCGAUCACGAUCUAUGGGUCGGGCAACCAAACCAGAUCUUUCCAAUACGUAUCCGAUCUGGUAGAUGGUCUCAUUGCUCUCAUGAACAGUGACACCUCACUUCCUGUCAAUAUCGGAAACCCUGAAGAGCACACGAUAUUCAACUUUGCCCAGAUAAUCCAGGAGUUGGUUGGGAGUGGCAGUAAAGUGGAAAACCUGGCCAAAGCCACCGAUGACCCGCAACAAAGAAAACCAGAUAUCAGCCGUGCAGCCGAAUUGUUGCAUUGGAAACCUAAGGCAAGUCAUUAAAUGACCAAGCCGUCAUCCUCUCAAAACCAUAGUAACAUCAAGAUUUCAGGUCUCAAUGAGAGAUGGCCUUAAGAAAACGAUCGACUAUUUCAGGGACGAGAUCGAGCAGGAGCGGGAGAAGGGAAAAGAGUCACUUUAA